GCUCGGCGGAGCGGCCCGAGGGGAGGGCUCGCUGUUUGUGUCCCCAGCGCGGAGGCCAUGGCGGCCGUGGCGGGGGCCGGCACGGGGCCCGGCUCCGGUACCGGCACCGGCGGCACCCGCGCCGCCACCACCAACAUCUUAGCGCAGCUGCGGCACGGGCAGCUGAGCGGCCGCGGGCUGACCCGCGGGGCGCAGAUCACAGAGGCCUUGUUGAAGGAGAGAGAUAAACAGGCCAAAUGGAAUGGGAUCCCCUUGCUGUUGCAGAAGCUGUAUGAGCACAGCCACCCAAACAGUGACUUCUCCCAGUGCCAAAGCAUCCUAAAGGAAAUUUCUCCACUUCUCUCGAUGGAAGCCAUGGUUUAUGUCACAGAAGACAGAAAAGCUGCUCAAGAGUCCAGUUUCCCCAACACAUACACGUUUGAUUUGUUUGGAGGAGUCGAUCUUUUAGUAGAAAUUCUCAUGAGACCAACUCUUAUUACACAGAAAAAGAAGCAGAAAAUAAGUGAUGACCUCAUCAAGGACUGUUUAAGCAUACUGUACAACACCUGCAUUUGUACUGAAGGAGUCACAAGGCGGCUGGCAGAGAGAAACGACUUUGUGUUGUUCCUGUUUACACUGAUGACAAACAAAAAGACAUUCCUACAAACUGCAACGCUCAUUGAAGAUAUCCUGGGAGUUAAAAAGGAAAUGAUCCAGCUGGAUGAUAUUCCCAACCUGGCCAGCCUGGUGUCCAGCUUUGACCAGCAGCAGCUGGCCAACUUCUGCAGGAUCCUGGCUGUCACCAUCUCGGAGCUGGACACGGGCAGUGAUGACAAGCACACUCUUCUGGCCAAAAAUGCCCAGCAGAAAAAAAACUUGGGCCCUUCCCGAGCUGAAAUUAAUCAAGCCACACUUCUGAAUAUUCCAGGCUUCAUCGAGCGGUUGUGCAAACUGGCCACAAGGAAAGUGUCUGAAACAACAGGGACUUCCAGCUUCCUGCAGGAGCUGGAGGAGUGGUACACCUGGCUGGACAAUGCCCUGGUGCUGGAUGCACUGAUGAGAGUGGCAAAUGAAGAGGCAGAGCAGAGCAGCACAGAGUCUUCAGAUGAGAGUGGGCUGGCCAACACCUCCACAAGGACACAGCUGCCCCAGUCCAUGAAGAUCAUGCACGAGAUCAUGUACAAGCUGGAGGUGCUGUAUGUUCUCUGUGUGCUGCUCAUGGGCAGGCAGAGGAAUCAGGUUCAUAAGAUGAUAGCAGAGUUCAGACUCAUUCCUGGCCUCAAUAACCUGUUUGACAAACUCAUCUGGAGGAAGCACUCGGCCUCAGCCCUGGUUCUGCACGGACACAACCAGAACUGUGAUUGCAGCCCGGACAUUACUUUAAAGAUACAAUUCUUGAGGCUUCUUCAGAGCUUCAGUGACCACCAUGAGAACAAAUAUCUCCUUCUGAACAGCCAGGAGCUGAAUGAGCUGAGUGCAAUCUCCCACAAAGCCAACAUCCCUGAAGUGGAUGCAGUGGUCAACACUGACAGGAGCCUUGUCUGUGAUGGGAAGAGAGGUUUGCUGACCAGACUGCUGCAGGUCAUGAAGAAGGAGCCAGCAGAAUCCUCCUUCAGGUUCUGGCAAGCAAGGGCAGUUGAAAGUUUUCUACGAGGCACCACCUCCUAUGCAGACCAGAUGUUCCUCCUCAAGAGAGGGCUCCUGGAGCAUAUUCUCUACUGCAUUGUUGAUAGUGAGUGCAAGUCACGGGAUGUGCUUCAGAGUUACUUUGACCUUCUGGGAGAGCUGAUGAAAUUCAAUAUUGAUGCAUUCAAGAGGUUCAACAAAUACAUCAACACAGAUGAGAAGUUCCAGAUCUUUUUAAAUCAGAUCAACAGCUCUCUGGUGGACUCAAACAUGCUGGUUCGCUGCAUCACGCUGUCCCUGGACCGCUUUGAGAAUCAGUCUGAUGCUAAAGUGGCAGAGGUCCUGUCCGAGUGCCGCCUCCUGUCCUACAUGUCCCAGAUGUCCAUGAGAAUGUCCUUCCUCUUCCGUCUCAUCAACAUCAUCCAUGUACAGACACUUACACAGGAAAAUGUCAGUUGUUUGAACACAAGUUUAGUUAUCCUAAUGCUGGCCCGAAGGAAAGAAAAGCUCCCUUUUUAUCUGCGCACCUUGCAACAGAUGGAAUACACAGAGAAAUACCCUGGCUUCAUCCUGAACAACUUCCACAGCCUCCUGCGGUUCUGGCAGCAGCAUUACCUCAACAAGGACAAAGACAGCACCUGCUUAGAAAAUAGCUCCUGUAUUAGUUUUACCUACUGGAAAGAGACUGUUUCGAUACUGCUCAGUCCGGACCGGACGUCCCCCUGUGCCAUAGUCAGCUACAUCGACGAGGCGUACAUGGACAUUGACAGAGACUUCUCCGAGGAGUAAUUGCCACCUCCAGCUUGUGAUGGGCAGCUCGGAGGGUCCCUCCCAGCCCGGGGAUUUUCAGGGAUACGCUGUGUAGUGUGUGUGUGCAGCUCGGAGCUGCGGAGCAUCGUCCCGCCCCUGCCGGCCCCCAGCUCUGACCUCUGAGACUCGGACAGCUCUCUGGGCAACACAUUCAGGGAUGUAUCUUCCAGUUGUUCUGGGAUAAAAAUAAUCACCUGCACAAACCAGCCUGUAUUAUUUUUUUUUCUCCUCUCUCCCAGUCCGGCGGGGCUGGCAGAAGGGGUUUUGCUGACGUGAGGGUUCUCUUCUCUGUAUGUGCCGGUUGAGGGGUGGCUCUCUCAGGGCUGCCAGGACGAGCAAGUUGAAAAGCACAGCAAUUGCCCUCCAAGUGUGAGGUCCAAGGAGCCCAUCUGAGCAGGACCCCAGCACCAGCCACGUGCAGAGCCACCACGAGGACUCCCUGCAGGUGUUAACUCUUCCACCGGGCUUUGGAAUCAGGGCUUUGGGCUUGGUUAGAGCAUGAGUGUGUGUGCGUGUGUGUGCUUUUAAUUCCUGAGAGCCCCAGCUCCAGUCACCUCUUUACCAUCGCCUUUUGGAUCAUUUGGUACUAAAUCUGUCUGUGCAUUAGGAGAGAACCUCUGCUCCUGCUGUCCUUCCUGCACAUCCUUCCCAUCCGGAGGCGUUUGCAGUGCUGGAGAACAGAGACAUUUCAGCAGUGGUGGAACUGCAACAGGGGUUGGCUUUUUCACGGAGCACUAGCAUUAAAAUGUACUAAUUUUCUA